AAAAAAAAACGAUUUUGAUUAUUUCUUCUUACGUGUGAAAAGUUAAAAAUUUAAAGACUUAGAGACUGAAAGAACGAAUGCAAUCUUUAUCUAAAAUGUGCUAGUGAUAACACGGGCCACAUAAAGUACUCCAUCGCUAUCAAUUAGCCACCAAACUCCAACACAACUGCCUGCUGUUGGUGGCCGCAAGAAAAAACAUUUUGGCCACCAAAAGUUAUACCCACACAGAACGAUGAAAGUUGCAUGUUGGCUGUGCAUUCUCAUGCUGAUGGUUGCAAAGCCAGGUCAGCUGUUGCGAGCGGAUGACUCUGAGAAUGGAAAUGGUGAGCAGCUGCAGGGUCCCAGUCGAACCGUAACAGACCCGCCCGCUGCAGCCGAAGCUCAAGAGGUUACCACAGCCACCGUUAAUGUUAAGGAAGAUCAAACAAGAGCGGCAACGACGCCUGGGGAGAAUGACCGGAAGGCAGCAAAGCCAAAGGAAUCUGCCGAAUUUGCUCCACGCACCAAGAUGUUGCCGUCGGCUUUGUUUGAGCGCCUGUGGAACGAUAGUGUAAUGAAACAGGAGAAGCUGAAGGCGGAAAUCGAAAGACUAGAAGCACAGCGCCUGUCCGUUGCGACGCCAGAGUUAACUCCAGAGCAAGUGGAAGCUCAAACCAUGUAUGAAAAUGCCAUGGAUAUGCUGGCCAAACCACGCACAGAUAAACGUGUAGCCUUUACUUUGUUGCGCAAGGCGGCAGCCUUUAAUCAUCUGAAAGCCCGAGCGGAACUUGCCUGGGCCGUGUUGCUGGGUCAUUGGAUGGGUUUUGAUUUCCAUCAUGCUGCCGAUGAGUUUGAAAGUUUGGCCAACGAUGGCGUUGCCGAGGCACACAUGGGCUUGGCGUUCCUCUAUUCCGUCGGCGUGGGCGGAAAGAAUGUGAGCCAACCACAAGCUCUGAUCCACUACACUUUGGCUGCACUGGGUGAUGAUACAUUGGCUCAAAUGGCCCUGGGCUAUCGUUACUUAUAUGGCAUCAACGUGCCCAUCAAUUGCGAAAAGGCUUUGGUCCAAUACAAGCGUGUGGCCAAGAAGGUAGCAUCUAGAGUGACAUUCGCCAAUGGACCUGUUGUACAUCGAGUGCGACUACUUGAUGAACUGGAGAAUCCUGGUAGCCAUGAGACAGAAAUCGUGGAUUACUAUCAGCUGCUGGCCGACAAGGGCGAUGUGCAAUCACAGGUCGGCCUAGGCCAACUUUAUUAUCAAGGCGGCAAGGCCAUACAACAGGAUCAUCAAAAGGCUUUGGAAUACUUUACCCAAGCCGCCAAUGCAGGCAAUGCCAUUGGCUUUGCAUUCCUGGGUAAACUGUAUCUCGAGGGUAGUGAACAAAUAAAGGCCGACAAUGAGACAGCUUUCAAGUAUUUCUCCAAGGCAUCGGAAAUGGGAGAUCCCGUAGGCCAAAGUGGCUUGGGACUUAUGUAUCUAAAGGGUUUGGGAAUGCCCAAGGAUACCAAUAAGGCCUUAUCCUAUUUCACACAGGCAGCGGAUCAAGGUUGGGUGGACGGACAACUCCAACUGGGCACCAUGUAUUUCACUGGAAAUGGCGUAAAAACCGAUUACAAAUUGGCCAUGAAAUACUUUAAUUUGGCCACUCAAUCCGGUCAUGUGUUGGCCUAUUAUAAUCUGGGUGUAAUGCAUGCCUACGGCAUGGGCAUGUUGCGCUCCUGUCCAGCAGCUGUCGAGUUUUUCAAAAAUGUGGCCGAACGGGGACGCUGGAGCACCCGAUUGAUGCAUGCCUAUAGUGACUACAAACAGAAUCGCAUCGACGAGGCCUACAUGCAGUAUGCUUUAAUGGCUGAGGUGGGCUAUGAGGUGGCCCAAAGUAAUGCGGCCUUUUUGUUGGAUCGCGAGGAGGUGCAUGUCUUUAAUGAUCGCCAUGAGGAUUUGAUUCGUGCAUUUUACUAUUGGAAGCGGGCAGCUGGCCAAGGCUAUUCGGCUGCUCAGGUUAAACUGGGCGAUUACUAUUACUAUGGAUGGGGCACAUCCACGGACUUUGAGACAGCUGCUGCCCUUUACAGAAAAGCAUCAGAGCAGCAAUAUAACGCUCAGGCAAUGUUCAAUUUGGGAUAUAUGCAUGAGCAGGGUUUGGGCAUGAAGAAGGAUUGGCAUUUGGCUAAAAGACUAUAUGAUUUGGCAGCCGAAACCAAUUCGGAUGCCAAGGUUCCAGUUGCCAUAGCUUUGUUUAAACUUCAAAUGCUGGCCAAAAUGGAAUCCAUUAAAGAGACGCCCUACAGAUUCAUAUUUUAUCUUGAUGAAAAUAUUGCGGCCAAUUGGGAUUUAUAUAUGAUAACCAUAUUGACCCUAGUCCUGGCGCUUAUAAUGUAUACAAGAAGACCAUUUCAACAGCCGGAACCGGCGGCACCGCAACCAGCUAAUGAGAUAGCUGCUCCUGCUGCUGCUCCUGCACAGGUGAAUCCAGUAGCUGUAUCACCGGCAGCUGCUGCAGUGCCAAUAGAAACAACGAGAGGAGUUGCAGACACUGCCGAUCAAACGGCGAGUACAUCCUCUAGAGGCAGCACGACAGCAACAGAAGGACCAAGCAGUUCAUCUGCGACUGCUGGUGCAUCCUCAACAGCAUCUUCUACAUCAUCGGCGACGUCCAUCGCGAAUGCGAACGCCAACGCCAACGCACUCGAUCCCACUGAUUUGUAAUAACAUAAUAUAAUGGGAGCUUAUCCUAUUUCUAGUUUAAUUAGAGAGUGUGCCUGUAAAUAUUUAUCAUCUAAUUUCGCUGAUUUAAUAUUUUUUAAAAUUCCUAAAACACAAAACUUUCUUUUUAGAUAUUUCAAAAAUAUCUUACUCAAACAAAAAACAAUUCAGAAUUUAUAUGUGACUGUAUAUAUAAAUCUGUAUGUGUAUAUGUGUGUUGUACUGAUAAAUCCAUUUAAUAUUGAUA